GCAUCCUUCCUGGGGGCUCCCAGUCCCCAGCCUCAGCCCCCAGAGUGAGGAGACACUUGUCGGCGGUGUCCAACUUGAUGCCAAGAGAUCAAUGCUGCAAGGCAAGUUAUUUCUAACCGAGCAGAGCCUGCCAGGAAGAGUCUGCACCCCGCACCACCGUGCAGGUGUGACAGGUGAGCUCACCGCUGCCCCCCGGGCAUGCCCAGCCCACUUAAUCAUUCGCAGCCCGACAGCUCUCCCGCCCAACCCUGUUCUAGUGGGAUAUAAAGGGGGCACAGCAGUUCCCGGCUAACAGAGCCACCUUCUGCAUCCUGCUGAGCUCUGUUCUCUCCAGCACCUCUCAAUCUACCAGUUCUCUUGCUCCGCCAGGAACAAGCCACCAUGUCUCGCCAGUCAAGUGUUUCCUUCCGCAGUGGGGGCGGCCAUUCCUUCAGCGCUGCCUCUGCCGUCACCCCGUCCGUCACCCGCACCAGUUUCAGCUCCAUGUCCCGGUCCGGGGGUGGCGGUGGUGGCUUUGGCAGGGUCAGCCUUGGGGGUGCUUACGGAGGGGGGGGUUACGGCAGCCGGAGCCUCUACAAUAUGGGGGGCUCCAAGAGGAUCUCCAUGAGCUCUAGUGGUGGCAGCUUCAGGAACCGAUUUGGUGGCGGUGCUGGAGGUGGCUACGGCUUCGGAAGUGGCGCCGGGAGUGGAUUCGGUUUCGGCGGUGGAGCUGGUGGUGGCUUUGGGCUCGGUGGUGGAGCUGGUUUUGGAGGUGGCUUCGGUGGCCCUGGCUUCCCCGUCUGUCCCCCUGGAGGUAUCCAAGAGGUCACCGUCAACCAGAGUCUCCUGACUCCCCUCAACCUGCAAAUUGACCCUGCUAUCCAGCGGGUAAGGACCGAGGAGCGUGAGCAGAUCAAGACGCUCAACAACAAGUUCGCCUCCUUCAUCGACAAGGUGCGCUUCCUGGAACAGCAGAACAAGGUCCUGGACACCAAGUGGACCCUGCUGCAGGAGCAGGGCACCAAGACUGUGAGGCAGAACCUGGAGCCUUUGUUCGAGCAGUACAUCAACAACCUCAGGAGGCAGCUGGAUGGCAUCCUCGGAGAGAGAGGCCGCCUGGACUCAGAGCUGAGAAACAUGCAGGACCUGGUGGAGGACUUCAAGAACAAGUAUGAAGAUGAAAUCAACAAGCGUACCACAGCCGAGAAUGAGUUUGUGAUGCUGAAGAAGGAUGUGGACGCCGCCUACAUGAACAAGGUGGAGCUGGAGGCCAGGGUGGAGGCCCUGAUGGAUGAGAUCAAUUUCCUGAAGGUGUUCUUCGAUGCGGAGCUGUCCCAGAUGCAGACGCAUGUCUCCGACACAUCCGUGGUCCUGUCCAUGGACAACAACCGCAACCUCGACUUGGACAGCAUCAUCGCUGACGUCAAAGCGCAGUAUGAGGAAAUUGCAAACCGCAGCCGGACAGAGGCUGAGACCUGGUAUCAGUCCAAGUACGAGGAGCUGCAGCAGACAGCUGGCCGGCAUGGCGAUGACCUUCGCAACACCAAGCAUGAGAUCUCAGAGAUGAACCGCAUGAUCCAGAGGCUGAGAUCCGAGAUAGACAACGUCAAGAAGCAGUGCGCCAACCUGCAGAACGCCAUCGCAGACGCCGAGCAGCGUGGGGAGCUGGCGAUCAAGGAUGCCAGGAACAAGCUGGCCGAGCUGGAAGACGCCCUGCAGAAGGCCAAGCAGGACAUGGCACGGCUGCUGCGCGAGUACCAAGAGCUCAUGAACACCAAGCUGGCCCUGGACGUGGAGAUCGCCACCUACAGGAAGCUGCUGGAGGGCGAGGAGUGCAGACUGAGUGGAGAAGGAGUUGGACCAGUCAACAUCUCUGUCGUCACAAGCAACGUCUCCUCUGGCUACGGCGGCGGCAGUGGUGGCUACGGCGGCGGCAGUGGCUUUGGUGGCGGCCUCGGUGGAGGCCUUGGCAGUGGCCUUGGUGGAGGUGGCAGUGGAAGCUACUACUCCAGCAGCAGCGGGGGUGUCGGCCUAGGCGGCGGGCUCAGUGUGGGGGGCUCCGGUUUCAGCGCAAGCAGUGGCCGAGGCAUGGGGGGAGGCUUUGGCAGUGGCGGGGGCAGCAGCUCCAGCGUGAAAUUUGUCUCCACCACCUCCUCUUCCCGGAAGAGCUUCAAGAGCUAAGCACCUGCUGCAAGUCACUGCCUCCCCACGCAGCCACCCGGCCCCUGGAGACUGCCUCUCCCAGGCAGUUCCCCAAGCCAAGUUUUCCCUUUUUCUGGAGAGUAGUCUAGACCAAGCCUAUUACAGAACCACAUUCUUUGGAACCCAGAAGAGCCCAAUUCCCGGUGUCUGGGCUCCAGUGCCACAGUGCUACAAUCUGCUUCCAAUCAGCCUUUGGUCUCCACAGCAUGGUCCUUGGUGGUGCAAGAAUCCAAAAUCUUCCAGUGUCUAAACCAUCAAAACAGACUCCCUACCCCAAUCCCAAAUUUGUUCUGGUUCUGGCUACCUCCAGAGUGUGUUCAAUAAAAUGCUUUUAUAAUAUAA